UUUCUUGUUUUUGCAACGCAAAUUCUCUCACCAACUUCGUGUUCAGUGGAAGGAGUCCAUCGUCGUGGGCGCAUCCUCGCGAUCCAAAGCAAGGAGAGACGAUCUUUUCUUUGAGUACUGCCCUUCCCUUUCUACACUUUUCGAUAUCUUUCUUGCUUUGCUUCUCGAGUCUCUCGAAAGUUAGCGAUUUGUGGAUAUUGAGGUUUUGUUUGUCUGCGUGGGGGCUAAUGGCGGACGAGGCUAGGGCGCGGAAGGUCCUGCCUCCGGGAAGCAUGGCCUACGGUGGGAGCUGGUGGUGGCGCACGGCGACGCGGACGUGGAUCUUGCGGUUGGGGUCCAGCAUCCUCAUCUGGACGGUGCUGAUGCAACUGGCUUCAGUGUGGCAUCCGCGGCUCCCCAAGUCAUCGAGCGCCGCUUGCUUCGACGGCCGCGGUGCCGCAGCCAGCGGCGGCGGCGGGAGCGGUCUCAACGCUUCCACCAACCUUUCCGUGCUUGGUGGCGAAGAACACGCCCUGUCCGGAACCCGCUCCGCCCCUCGCGUCCUUCUUCCACGGAGACUUUACAGAAGUAAUGGUUAUCUUAGGGUGUCAUGCAAUGGAGGCCUGAAUCAGAUGCGUGCUGCGAUAUGUGAUAUGGUUAGUAUAGCCCGUUUUCUCAAUCUAACGCUUGUGGUUCCUGAACUUGAUAAAACAUCUUUCUGGGCUGAUCGUAGUGAUUUUGGGGAUAUAUUCGAUGUAGAUCACUUUAUUAAUUCUUUGAGAGAUGAAGUGAAAAUUGUAAGAGCGCUUCCUAAAAAAUUUAGCACAAAUAUUCACACUGAAGUAUUCUCAAUGCCUCCUGUUAGCUGGUCUGGUUUGAAAUACUACUUGAAGGAGAUCUUACCUCUUAUAAGGAAACACAAAGUAGUCCAUUUCAAUAGAACAGAUGCCCGUCUUGCAAAUAAUGGAUUACCUUUACGGCUCCAAAAACUUCGUUGCCGUGUUAACUACAAGGCCCUAAGAUUUACACCUGCAAUUGAAGCCCUUGGCAAUAAGCUCAUCUCAAUUCUCCAGAGAAACGGAUUCUUUGUUGUUCUUCACCUGCGAUACGAGAUGGAUAUGCUCUCUUUCUCUGGUUGCACACAUGGAUGCUCAGCCGAAGAGACUGAAGUUCUCACAAGGAUGAGAUAUGCCUAUCCAUGGUGGAAAGAGAAAGAAAUAAUAUCAGAAAAGAAAAGAUCAGAAGGUUUGUGUCCCCUUACACCUGAAGAAACAACACUAGUGUUACGAGCCCUAGGUUUUGCAAGUGACACCCUAAUUUACAUUGCCUCUGGUGAAAUCUUUGGUGGGGACAGAAGGAUGGCUUCCUUGAGGGCUUCAUAUCCAAGAAUAUUGAGCAAGGAAAUGCUUCUUAGCGCUGAGGAAUUGAGAUCCUUCCAAAACCAUUCGACUCAGAUGGCAGCAUUGGACUAUAUGGUUUCAGUUGCUAGUGGUGUCUUUGUCCCCACCUUUGAUGGAAAUAUGGCCAAAGUGGUAGAAGGACACAGAAGGUAUAGUGGUUUUCGUGAGACAAUUGCGUUGGAUAGAAAAGAACUAGUAAAACUUUUGGAUCUUCUUGAGGGCGGGAAACUAUCCUGGGAUCAGUUCUCGACUGCUGUUAGGGAAUUGCACAAGGACCGGAUGGGCCAACCAACAUUAAGGAAGGUCCUUCCUGGCCGACCAAAAGAAGAGGACUAUUUCUAUUCCAAUCCUCAAGAGUGUACCGGCCCCUCAAGGAUCAGAAGUAUUGGAUCAAGGAAAUUCGACAUCUAACAUCUGUUGCUAUUCGGGCUGCCUUACCUGAUAGAAUUCAGGGUGAUGUGCAGCUCUCUGUACAGCUCCAACUCUAAACUCUGAUCGAGUCUUGCUCUUUAUUUCAUGGGCAAGCCUGAAGCCCAGAUGCUUACAAAUGUAACUCUGGAAGAGGAUCAGCAGGCUACCAUGUGGAGUGUUGGUCAUCAGGCAUCAGGCAUCAGGAGUUGGAAGCAGAGCUCAUUGAAAAAUAAAUUGAUUACUGAUUACCUCCUUCACCAUUCUUUCAUUUCUUAUCACUGUUAGUUACAAACUUGCAUGACUGAGAAGUGUAGAACUCGACUUGUGAAUUUUUUUGUCAAAGAGAUUAGUGAAUUUCUUUUGUACAAUUUUACUGUCUUCACUUUUGCUCCUGUUUCACCUGAUGAACUAUAUGUUUGAAUAUGUGA